AUGCCGGCACCCGAAUCUCGCGAACCUCGGUCCCCGGACCUCCAGCCCUCCAAGCGCCCCCGCCAAUCAUCCCCCGAGAAAGACUCCCCGGCAUCUCUGCUCUCGGGCAAUGGCGGCGACGGCGACCUGGGCGAUGGUGGCACCUCCCCGGGCAGCGGUGAUGGUGCUGCUUCUGGUGCUGCCGCUGCUGCGGCAGCUGGAGCCGGGGCCAAGACCGGGCAAAGCAGCAGCUUCCGCAACGUAAGCGCGUGCAAUCGCUGCCGGCUGCGCAAGAACCGCUGCGAUCAGAAGCUCCCGAGCUGCGCUAGUUGUGAAAAGGCCGGUGUCGCUUGUGUCGGGUACGACCCAAUCACCAAGAGGGAAAUCCCCCGGAGCUACAUCUUCUACCUGGAAAAGCGGGUCGAGCAGCUCGAGGGGCUGCUGUCCGCUAAUGGUAUUGCUUUUCCUCCGGCGCAGGAUCUCGACUACUGCUCCAAGGGAGGGAACACAUCGGCCAGCGCCCAGUCGCCCGCCGAGGCUGGCCAGUCUAGUUACUUUGACGGAACCGAUGCCGCCAACGGCGGCGGCAGGGGGCAGAUGACUGGCGACAGCAACAACGGCAGCAACGGCAGUCACACCAAGCUGCAGCGGUUUGCUUCCAAGCCCGGCUCGUCUGACGGUGGCGCCGGUACUGGUCCCGGGGGCGUCGACAACCGCUACCUGGGCUCGACGUCCGGCAUAUCCUUUGCGCGCGUCGUGUUCGCCGCAGUGCAAUCGUCCGUCUCGGACCAAAAGUCAAAUUCAGAAAAGGGUGGCGUGCGGCCAUACAGACCUGCUCCAAGUGGCGGCGACAGCGGCGGUCCCCGCCCCGGCACGUCAAUGCGCGAUUCCUUCUUUGGCUUGCAUACCAAGCCGACCAUUCACCCGGCAACUUUCCCCGACAAGGAACUCGGGUUGCGGUUGGUCAGCCUGUAUUUUGAGCACGCAAACCCGCAGAUCCCGGUCCUUCAUAGGGGCGAGUUCAUGGACAUGUUCGAGCGGGCGUAUGCCGACGAGGCGGGGGGGCGGGGCCCCCGGGAGCUCUACAUGUUGAACAUGGUGUUUGCCAUAGGCGCCGGCAUCAUCGUGGGCGAUUCCAAGGGUGAGCUUCCGCAAGCCGAAUCGGAUGAUUCCCCGCCCGGAUCAAGGCAGUGCCAGCCGGAGGAGUACCACGCCAGCGCCAUUGUGCACCUCGAGGCCUGUCUUGGGAGCAGCGGCGGCCUGGAAGACUUGCAGGUGGUGCUGCUCCUGGCUAACUUUGCGCUGCUGAGGCCCGUCCCGCCCGGGCUGUGGUACAUCAUUGGCGUGGCCGUCAGGCUGGCGAUCGACCUGGGGUUGCACUACGAGGACAGCAAGGACCUUGAGGCCGGGCUGGGAGCCCCCGCGGCCGAGCAGAACGAGGCAAUGGCGAGAGAGAGGGGCAGGCGGGAGUACGUGCGCGAUUUGCGACGACGGCUGUGGUGGUGUACCUACUCGCUCGACCGCCUGGUCAGUCUCUGCGUGGGCCGGCCCUUCGGAAUCUCCGACCUGGUCAUCACGACCGAGUUCCCGUCCCUGCUGGAUGACCGGUUCAUCACGCCGGCCGGCAUCAUCCAGCCCCCGCCGGACCAGCGGCUGCCAAGCUACAAGCUCGUCGCCCAUCACUACUUCCGGCUCAGGCUGCUGCAAUCCGAGAUCCUGCAGGUCCUGCAGUAUCGGCAGGCUCGGAAUGCCUGGGCCGGCGGGCGCGACCACCAUAAUCCUUACAUGCAUACGGACCUGCCCUCGCCGUUUCUGUCCAGAUUCGACUCGUUCCGGUCGUGGCGAAUCGACAUCGACAGGAGGCUCUGGGAAUGGAAGAACUCGGCGCCAACCAAGGAAGAGACGGGAGUGGCCUUCGCGACUGACUUUCUAAAUCUCAACUACUGGCAGGCCAUCAUCAUGCUGUACAGGCAGAGCCUGAGCGUGCCCGCGGUGUUUGAGGGCGAGUAUGACACAACAAAGGAGGUGAAUAGUCCCGCUGUCUACAAUGCGGAGCUCCGCGAAGACGAGGACCGGGUGUAUCUCAAGGUCGCCGAGGCCGGACAGAAGAUCCUGCGGCUGUAUCGCCAGCUGCAUCUGGUGGGCCUGGUGAACCACACGUACCUGACGACCCACCACCUCUUCGUGGCGGGCAUAUCCUACCUGUACGCGAUCUGGCACUCUCCAAUCGUCAGGAGCCGACUCACCAUGGAUGAGGUGGAUUUCACCGUCCUCGCCGCAACCUCCGUCUUUACGGACUUUAUUGAUAAAUGUCCGCCCGCCGAGGCGUGCCGCGACGCGUUUGAACGUACGGUCAAGGCCACCUUGAAGAUGGUCAACGCCUCCGGCGGCUUUGGCCAACAUUACCAGCCGAGCCAUGCCAGUGUAGCUUACGGUUCGGGGAGCGACUUUAGCCGCAGCCGUGCCGGCUGGGGCACAGGAAGCGCCCCCGGCUCCGUAUUAAGCAGGUCCCAGGAGCAACACUACCAGCACACGCGCCCUUUAGACCAACCAGCGACCGUCACGUCGGACACAUUUUCCAAUCAUUAUCCCUCCGUGAUAUCUGCUUUUCAGAAAGGCGCGCAGUACCGCGUCCCCGGCGGCACGACCACCAUCAAGCCCGAACCUGACAGCCUCUCCCAGAUGCGCAACCUCUCGAUCCCGCCACCUCCGGAAGCAGCAUCCACAAUCGACCAACGGAUGACGCCAUCCCCUUCAGCACUGCAACAACAGCAAGGCCGUCCUUCCCCUCCAUCGCUGCCACAGCUCAGCUCGCCGCUGGCCGAGAUAGUAGGUGCACAAGGCCAGGCGUCAGCUGGCGGAUUUUUGUCCCCACAACAACAGACGCUACGUCAACAGCAACAACAACAACAGCAGCAGCAGCAGAUUAGCCCCAGAGCAGUCUUGGACGGCGUGGAUCUCAGCGGGCUGGCUGAUACACAGAUGGACCUCGGCUUCGGGCUGGGCUGGGAAGGGCUGCAUCACGAUUUUACCGACGGGCAGCAGGUGGACCUGUUUGAUGGCUUCUUCUUUGGUGGAGGGAGCGGCGGCGGCGGCGGAUGA